AUGGCCACCAUCCCCUCCAGUGGCUCACUCAUGGCCACUCACUACUAUCACUUGCAACCCCUGGGCUCCACUUCCAGUAACAGCUCCUGUAGAAGUGCUGAGUAUCCUGAGGAAGCCAUUCUUCAACAGCCUGGUCUCCUCAAGACCCACCAGGGUCACUGGUGUGCAAGCUUCUCUUUGGGGAUGUCUACUCUCCCAUACAUGGCUAUAGUGUUAGAGUCUCUAGAAUGCUCAGAAUCUCCCCAGGCCUCCAGGGCACCAUCACCCAAGGCAGCCUGGCAGCUAGCCUGGCAAAACCAACACGAGACUCAAUCCUGGAUGGCCACCACCAGCCAUCAGGCUUCAGGAGGUUCUAGGCUCAUGGAAGCCUCUUCCUUAACCACCCCAUAG